AUGAAUUUAUCAAAAUACUCGAACGAUUUUCCGAAUUUAUUAUACGUCAUUCGCAAUAGUCAAAAUCCAAAACCUCCAGAACUAACUACAUUUGAAUUAAGACUCAAAACGUUCGAUUCAUUCACUCAGAAGUUUCUAAACAAAAUGUCAAUGUGCGUAGCUGGUUACAAAUUCCUACGUGCUGGAGACCGUGUUCAUUGUUUUAAUUGCGGACUAAUUCUUCAUGAGUGGGCAAUCACGGACGAUCCUCGGAAAGAAUAUGCAUUUCAUUCACCGACAUGCCCGUUCGUACUACGUAAAAAAGGCGACCAGCUCGUAGAAUCUGCUAUCCGUGAAAACAAAAACGUCGUAUGCGACUGCGGUUUUAGCCAUAAAGGUUGUGAUACCGGCGAUUAA